AUAAAUAUAUUCAACCGACUCAGUUCUUUUCUUUCUUCGUUUCUCUUGUCUCUACCAUCUUCUUCUUGUUGGCAUCACUUUCUCUCCGGCCAAAACUAUUAUAAUAAUAAUAGUAAUACUAAAAGAUACAUAGCCUUAAGGUUUGACUUUGGCGAAGUUCUUUUCUAUAGGUUGUUGAUGUUCUUAAACCCAACAUCAUUGUCAGUUCAAUGCUUUAUUUUUUUUUAUUGCAUUAAACUUAUCAAGAGGACGCAAACAGAACCUAGUAGAAGAAGAAGAAGAAGAAGAAGAAGAAAUAUAGAAAAAGUUAACAGUUUUUGCUCGGGAUUGAUGCUAGCAGGAGGAGGGUCAUAAAUUAGUUGGGAAAGUAAAAUUGCUGUUUGGCUGGGAGGAAAAUUUUCUAAUACUGGUGGUUUUUUGAGCAGAGUGCCUGUUGGUUUGGUUGGCUCUGAACAAAAAACCAGAAAAAAGGAACUAAUCUCUUAUAGCUUAUAUAGAAAGGACAGGUUGCACUUUCCUGAGUAGCUUAUGCUUGAAGAUAUCACUAAAACUAGCUUGAAGAACUGUACAAUCUUACGUCUUAUGCAAUCUAUGUGAGACAUGAAACUAGAUAGUGAACAAGUACUCUGCCAUGGAACUGGUGACCAUAAGUCUAUCUCCAAAUCUUUUGGAUACAACAAGAUUGCUCUGGAUUCAUCUGGUCUUAGGUCUGGAAAUGUGAUUGUGAAUGAAGAUGAGAAUGGGCCCUUCUAUGAUUUGAAGGCCAGGGAAGGUAAUACAGAUCAAUUACAUUACUUGGUCAAUGGUGAAGAUGGUUGGAAUGCUUCAAAACUUGAUUCUUGUACAGGUGUGAAUGUAUCAAUACAUGAUAAAGAGGAGGAAGUGAGAAAUUUUACUUCACUAAAAAUUGAAUCAUUUGACAAGGACUCAGUGUUCUAUAUAGACAAAAAUGUUAUGGAACCGGAACUGCCAGAAUUGGUACUUUGUUACAAGGAAAAUACUUACCAUGUUGUUAAGGACAUAUGUGUUGAUGAGGGAGUUCCUUCCCAGGAAAAUUUCUUAUUUGACACAAGUGUAGAUCAAGAGAAGUUGUGCCCAUAUCUGAUUCCUGAGAAGGACAUAAAGAGUGAAAUACAAAAAGAAAGGGUUGAUUUAGAUAUGAGUACUCAAUACCUGUCUAAAAAUGACAAUUCCUUCAAAUGUGAUUCCAAGGAGUCGAUGGCAAUAGCGGAAAUAGAGGAUGAUGCAAUGGAGGAAAUUGCAAAUUAUACAUCUAAAGAGACUUUUUCACUUGGGGAGUUGCUUUUGAUGCCAGAGGUAGUUGCAGAGCUUUCACAUUCCAAGUCCUUACUCAACAGUACAGAUGAAGCUGAACAACUUUCAAUUCAGAGGCCAAGUGAAAACAUAGUCUUAGCUACAGCUUCUGCUUGUGAAGAAUCUAAAUAUGCCACAGAGCAAUUCUUAUUGGUGACUCCUGCUGUGGAUCCUUUAGUGGAGGAAUCUGGCCAUGAGGAAGCAAAAUUGGGAACCCUUACCUCAGAUUCCUCACCUAAAGCAUCAGAUCAUGGUCAUGAUGAAGUAAUCUUAGCAAGUCUUGCUCCCAGUUAUGCAACUGAAGAACCAGAAAAUGGCGCCAAAGCAGCAAAAUCGCCAAGCCAUACUCUGGAUUCCGUGUCUGACCUCAACUCUUCUGCACCCACAGCAAGUGGGGGAGAGGAGGGUUCUCAAGUUGGCGGCUCUGAACAUCUUGAGUCUCGGAAUUCAUCCAGGCAUGAAGAUACUAGCAUCACUGAGCCAUUUAGCGGUCAACUUCAAUAUAGUCAUGGGGAGUCAAGUUUUUCUGCUGCAGGUCCUCUAUCAGGUCUGAUAAGUUACUCGGGGCCAAUUGCAUAUUCUGGCAGCCUCUCUCUUAGAUCAGAUAGCAGCACAACUAGCACUCGCUCCUUUGCUUUCCCCAUAUUGCAGUCUGAAUGGAAUAGCAGUCCUGUAAGAAUGGCAAAAGCUGACAGGAGACAUUUCCGGAAACAUAGGAGUUGGAGGCAGGGCCUUCUUUGCUGUAGAUUCUGAUUGCUUCUGUUCUGUCCAUAGAUUGAAAGAAAAUAUGUAUACACCAUUACAAUUAAGGCUUAGGAGAGUAUAAAUAUGCAUCCUAUUUUCUUUUGCUUGGAAUGUAAGUUAGUAGGCUCACCAUUGUUAUGUUUUUAGGUUUGAUCUCAUGCAUGCCAACUAAGGUAUAAGCAAAUAUCUUAUAUUUUUGUUGUUUUUUCAUCCUAUAUUCAGUAAAUUAAUUCUAUA